UGGAUUCAUCCAGCCAUUACCUCCAACAUCUCUUGUUGUGGAUAAGGCCCUUUCCCAUUGUGCUAAGUGCUGUUGUGUUACUGUCAAACACAUUCAAUUCAACAUCUUUCGAGUACCUUUUCAGCAACAUACUUCAUGGACAUUAAGUCUUUUUUUCAUUUUCUCAUUACGGUUUGUGUCUGUGGAGACGCCUGACCAGAAUUAUUAAAGGUCAACCCAGGAAAGGAUGUUACUGUGGUCACAAUGAAUGGUCUCUGGAAGAGGUGUUUGUGGAGGGGAGUGGUCAGCAGCUAGAGAGACCUCCCAAAGAUCCACCAGCAAGGUAGAUGAGGAGGGACUGGAGCUUGCGGUGUGUAGGCAUGGUGUUCUGCUGCGUGCUCUCAAUAUGUACAGGGGAGAAAUGUUUGCUUAUCCCCUGUAUUUGCAAGAAAAGCUUGCCAGCAGGCAAAUCACUUUCUUCUGUAUGGAUGUGACCUGCAAGUAUUGGCCCUACCUCCAAAAAGUUGCAAAAAGCUGUCCAGAGCUCCAGCCCCUCCUCAGCAUGAAGCCAUUCCUGUCUGUAUUUCAUGCCAAAGCUCAUGAUUUCAAAUCCGAGGUCAAAUGGAGUGGGGCAUAUCAGGAAGGGGCUGGCCUAACACUAGGCGAGGAGGUUGAGCAGUGCAAUGCCUUCCUCUCUAGGAUUGCAGUGACCACAAAGCACAUGUCAAAAGCUGGACACACAGACAUGCUGACUCUCUUGGCCAUGCGCUGGAAUCAGCAAAAGUUCGACAAUUUGGCCACCUCACUGUCUCACAGAUAUCACAAGACCAUACAAUCUCUACAAAGCAAGCAACAGAAUGUUGAGUCCAUGAAAGCUCAGUUGGCAGUGACAGAGAGCCAUUUGGAAGACUGGGUCAGUGAUGUCAAAGAGUGGGCAGAAGCAACAACAAACACAAGCACAAAUGAUGUGGAUGCCUUGGCCAGUAGAAUCGAGGUGCUGGUGACCAGUAUAAAGAGACGCUCACAGCGUCUUUAUAAAGAUACUGACGGCAACAAAGGUCGUGCCAGGAUCCGCCGCAAAAUCAGGGAGGAGAAGGGGAUCCUGACCUCUGUUGUGGAGAAAUACAACAAAAUAGUUCCAAGCACAGAAAGUCUUUGCAUGGAAACCAUUGUGUCUGGCGAGACAGCUUGGCCAUGGCAGCUACCACACAGUGGUAUGUACACUACUACUUUGAACAAAUCGGACUGAUAAUGACACAGAAACACAGAACCAGUACCCUCAAAUGAGGA